AUGGAAGUUAACCUGGUAUUUCCAGGGUAUCAACCUCAUUCGGGGGUUGAAUACGGCUACGUCGAUGUAGAGAUACUGCGCACAAACUUUGCACUUGCCAUGUCCAACAUGUACAAAGCGGAGGUACCUCUCUACGAUGAUCUAGUCUCCAUUGUUCAAAGUGUGAAUGCAUCUGUUCAUGAAACACCGAGCGACAAUAUCAAUCGUAUCACCCUUGAACGUCAUGGAGCCAUUCGUCUUGGAACCUCCUAUGAGCUUCGGACCGUUCGCCGAAUCUUCACUCUAUUAGGCAUGCACCCGAUCGGUUACUACGAUCUUUCGGUCGCUGGUCUUCCAAUGCAUGCGACUUGUUUCCGACCCCGAGAUACUCAAUCUUUGGCCAAGAAUCCAUUUCGCGUGUUCACUACUCUGUUGCGUCCAGAGCUUUUGCACUCUACGGAAAGUCGUGACCUCGCGCUGAAACUUCUUGGACAGCGAAGAAUCUUCAGCCAGCCCUUGCUUGACCUUUUGGAUAUUGCGGACGCUCAAAAAGGUCGUUUCACGUACCAACAAAUGGAUUCCUUUAUUGAUGAGGCCCUCGAAUCAUUUCGCUGGCAGCCCAUGGCAGCUGCUACUUGGGAUGAGUACAAUACACUCAAAGCCGAGCAUCCCAUCUUAGCCGAUAUCGUCUGUUUUCAGACUGCCCAUAUCAACCAUUUGACGCCUCGAACCCUUGACAUAGACCUUUCCCAUCUUGCUAUGCAAGCACACGGCAUGGAGGUGAAAGAUAUAAUAGAGGGUCCUCCGAAACGCAAAUGCCCCAUUCUGUUGCGUCAAACAAGUUUCUUGGCUCUUCAAGAGCCUGUCAGCUACUACUGCUCCGGUACUGAGGCUGACAAAUUUGUCGAAGGGUAUCACAGGGCGCGGUUUGGCGAAAUCGAAGAGCGUGGGGCAGCACUGACCCGUGCUGGCCGAAAGCUGUACGACGAGCUUUUCAGGCAUGCUAUGGAAACGAGUCAUGCGAUGGGACACAAGAUGGAUGACGCGCUGAAAGCAGUGUUUGUCCGAUUCCCGGAUACCUGGAAUGAGCUUUACCAGCAGCGGCUGGUUUACUGUUUGUUCACGGUCACUGGCAAAGCAAUUCCCCCCAAUUUAGUAGGCCUUGAACGGAUGCCGGAUGAUCUCGUCGACCAGUUGUUGUUAGCUGGCGUUCUCAGCGCAGCACCAAUAACUUACGAGGAUUUCCUUCCAUUUUCCGCUGCUGGCAUCUUCCAGUCCAAUUUGGGUAACCCUUCAUCAGCGAUAGGCCACAUAAUACCCUUUCCCGACCAGCAAGGAUUUGAAGGCUCACUGGGACGCUCCGCUCUAGACCCCGAUGACUUGUAUUCGAGUAUGCAGCGCAAAAGCCUUGAAAGGUGUGCCCAGCAACUGGGCCUCGACGCCCUUAGUUUAUCCAGCAAUGGCGAUUUAUGA